CGACACAACAGACCAAGCCUCCAUGAGGACCGGAGUUAAAAUGUCGGCUCCUCCGCUGAAAAGCCGGAACUGGGCCUCGGACCAUCGCAUCGAUUUCAGUUUGUAAAAUUAUAUUCUGAAGUUCCUAACUUGAAACGUGAAAAAAGAAAGUUGGUUACAAUAGUUCCACCGGGUCGCAGCGCACAUAAUGGCAUCCAAUCCGGAGAGAGACGUUCAAGGAGAUUCCAUCAUGCAGAAGGCAGCUAUUCUGCUGACAAAUUUCAUCUUUGAAAAAGUGCAACAGUGUGUCGAGAGGCAAACAUCAGAGCGGGUCAGAGACCUACUACAAGUUCAAGGAGCGUGUGAGCCGCACAUACAGGAGAUAGCCCUGUGUUUACGGAAGAUUGGGGAUGAGAUGGAUGGCCAUCCAGAUGUACAAAGGUUACAGCAGAAAAUACUCCAACUGACGAAAGACAGCUUCAUGAGUAUAGCUUAUGAGGUCUUCUCAGAUGGGAUAUUUAACUGGGGCAGAGUGGUCACUCUAUUCCUCUUUGCCAGUGCAAUAGUCUUGAGAGCUGUUGCACGUAAGAGCUUUGACCUCAUCAAAGAAAUUGUUGGCUGGACGUUGGAGGUCAUCAAGAAACGUGUUCUGGGCUGGAUCAGGAGGCAGGGCGGCUGGGAGGCUUGUCUCUCAUACGUCAACAAAUCCAGUUGGCAAACGCCGAUGCUUUUGGUGGGGGUAGCUCUCUUGGCGAUCUUCGUCGUUCAUAAAUGGAGAGGAAGUGGCACAAAUGUGGACAAAUGACGAAGGGUGUGUUCUGUAAUCGGUGAUAUAAGGAAAAGCAAAAAAGUAGCUACUAUGAGGAAUAAAGAUGGCCACCAGUACUGCUUUUGUUCCAGGUGAAUUUCUGGAAAUGUCCCCUGCACUUAAUUAUUUUCCUCUGUCUCUCUGGUGCCAAUUUAAUAGAAUAUAGAUAGAAAUAGUCAUUUAUAAUACAACUAUUUUGACUUUACAGUUCAGACCCAAAGUCAAACAUUUUAAUAUUUGUUGUCAGCUCGUGAUAUGGCUUUGGAUUGGGGCAUAUAUAUAAAUAUUCAGUCCCUUCUUUGGUUCUCAUGAAAUUCCUGCUCUAUGUUGAAGGAAAAUUAUUUCAAUUGAAUUAUUUUGGACGGCGAUCCGUUACAUGCACAAGUGCCAUGGUGCCACUGGCACAGUUGAUGUUGUACUCUCCCACUACUUCAUGAAGUUUGUACUGUUUCUUGGUCAGCACCUCAGGGAUUUUUUUUGCCUCUCAACUUUUCCAAAAUUUGUAUUUGUAAAAUAAUGAUUAAAAAAACGUAU